UUAAGAGUUAAUUAAUAAUAAUAAACGGUUUUAUUACAAAACUAUUUAUAUAAAAGAUAGAACUGUUUUACUAACUUAGAACACUUUUAAACUAUUCGUAGUCAAGAUGAAGUCGUCAUUGGUUUUGAUUUUGGCUGUUUGCUUUUCUUACUCUGUUGCAGUCGAAGUACCCAAAUUAGUGAAUUGGAAAUAUGACAAUGAUACGAUACCCGAGAUGUUGCCGAGAAAUAUGCGAGAAAAAAGUGACAAAGAAAUUGAAAAAGCUGUUUUUAAUGCGUACCAAAAUCAAAUUAGAGUAAUUUCUGAGUACAGCGGUCAUGUUUAUGAUCCCGAAUUUCCGUUUGGAUAUUUCAAAAAUGAAGUUCUCAUACCGAAUACACAUUCAUAUGAAUCAGACAUUGAUUUGGUAUUCAACAAUAACGUAUUCAGAGGACUAACGGAUUAUAACGAAAACGUUAUUAUCGUUAAAUGGGCACCUGAUCAAAUCGAAACUAAUGUCGAAUGGAAAGAGGCAAAUAUUAGAGGAAACUAUUAUUAUUCAAAUAGCACAUACUUUGAUCAAGGAAACUAUCACAUUCAAUUGGAAGAUUUAAAAUACCGGGCAAAUACAACAUUUACUGAAAACACCAUGAAAUACCCAUCUUCAGUGCCAAGUUCAAGCAUUUCAUAUAAGAGCGUUAAAGCUUCAUUUUCAGGAAAUAUUCCAGCUGUAUCAAAUGUCGACAAUUCAUACAGCCUUAAAUACUUCCUGGAAGAUGUUGCUUUCCAACACAUCGCUGAUAAUGUAGUUAAGUCGAUACAACCUAACAUUUCUAUCGCAAUUAGACAAGCAGUUAGACCAUACAUUAUAUUCAAGAACGUAUCGGACCCAAACUUCAAAGGAUUUACUGCCAGUACACCUUCGGGUAUACAACUCAAAGUCGAUGAAGUUUUCACUAAUGGUUUGAACCAAACUCAUCAAAGAGUAAAAAAUAUGACUGUUGAUAUGGCUAAUAAAAAAUUGAUCUCAAAAACCGAGAUGGUUAUGCAUUAUUUGAGCGGAACUUUCCGAGUGCAGCUUACCACCGCCAACAACAAAGAGUACGAGGAUAAAGCUUACUUUGAAAUCGAAAAUAUCAAUAUACAUCCAGUUAGCAAUAUGUUCAACCGUGAUGAUUGCUAUGCAAAUACCACUAUUACAAACACAAAAGUUGUGGUAAACCCUGAAAAGUUGAAUUUGUCCAGAGAUGAGGAGAUUGAAGUAAAUCAUGUUUUAGUGGAAGAAUAUAAUAACACCCUUAAGAAAAAAUUUGAUAAAACUAUUUGCAUAGCUUUGGCUGAUAUGCUUAACUCCAAAGCUGGAAACUUUUAAUUAUCAAAAAUAUUUUGAAAAGCAAAUAAUCCGUCAAUUCAGCAGUUAUGUAAUACAUAUAUAAUAUACAAUAUACAUACAUAUAUAUAGACAUUGGUGGUACAUAAGGAAAUGUCCUGAAGUUUUACUUUAGAUAUUUUUUUGUCUAUUUUAGUUAUUCUAUUAAAAAAGUUAUAGUUAUAUUUUAUGUCUCUAUACUCUCUACUCUCUAAUAGUAUAAAUUACAAACAAUAAUUUAUGAGCUUAUGCAUUUAUUAGGUUAUUAGUUUAUUACUUUUUAAAGCAACGCCAGUGUUAAAUUUAUAUUUUUCUGACUGACUGGUCUCAUAUACUCUGAUAGAGGCUCAUUUUUAAUAUAUAUAUAUAUAUUUUAAAUAAUUGCUUAGCAAUAUACAAAUCACUUUUUCGUAUAAUUUUUUUAAUGUGAGGCUAUGUGAUAAAAACAAUAUUUUAUGUUAAAAAUUGUAUUUGUUUUAUUUAGUAUAAUUGAAAUUAAAA